UCAGCGGCUGCGUCAGGAGUUAGAAACAGGUUACUCACCCUGAAACUGUCCGUCUGACAUUCCCACUUUGCUUUCACAAAGGACCUUUCGAUUUUGUUUUGUCAUCCGCGCUAGCGAGCGGAUAGGGGGCCUGGGUCACCUGUGCAGCAAGGGCCGGCUCCGAGCUGCUCGCCAGGACUGGAGCGCUGAGAAUUCAUCAAAAUCAGAGCGAGUGGUCACCUCGGACCAGAGCAGAGCGGGCAGGCUGCAGCAUUUAACGCUUUUUGAAAGAGCAGGAUUUAUUGAGUGAAAUGUGUUGAAGAGGAGGGGAAUGUGACGCCUGCAGUGGAAUGAUUUCGUGAAGCACUUGCCUGGGCUCUGAGAAGGACAGUUGCAAGUUGAUCCUGAAUUUACUUUGGUGCACAGUCAGCUGAUGACACUUUCUACAAUGAAUCAUCAAUCAAGCAUUCCUUGUCUUUUGAUCCUCUUUGGGAGUUUGAUGGUGCAAUUAAGCAAUGGAGAAUGUGACCCUGCAGAGAAGUAUGCAGAUCUGGACUUGAAUGUGCAGUACAAGUUUUUGAACUUCACAGCGGAAACAUUAAUACAGAACAUAGUCCUCCACAAUCAGCAUAUAUAUAUUGGGGCAAUAAAUAAGUUAUUUGUUGUGAAUACUAAAUUAGAAAAGCUUUCUGAAUUCAAAACUGGCCCUGUAUUGGAAUCUCUGAAAUGUUCACCAUGUGGCAAAUGCGAGAAAAAUGAAACCAGCUCCGAAAAUGUGUGGAGAAACAACACAAACAUGGUUUUACUUAUAGAAACGUUUUAUGGAGAUCAACUCAUACAGUGUGGCAGCACAAGGAGUGGUGUUUGUUUUCUCCACAAUCUCCAGCAUGAUAAUCCUGCCAAUAUUUCAAACAACGUUCAGUGUUUGUAUUCAUCAUUUAACAACAAACCCAACAGGUGUCCUGAUUGUGUUGCCAGCCCCCUUGGUACAAAAGUGUUGAUGACAGAGCAGGAUGGAUUUGUGAAGUUGUAUACAGGAGCAACACUGAGUUCUGCACCUCUAACCUUCCAGUUACAUUCGCUGUCAAUAAAAAGGUUAAAGGAAUCUGAAGAUGGUUUUCAGUUUCUCACUGACCAUUCCUAUAUCGAUGUUAGUCCAGAAUUUAGGGAUGUUUAUCCUAUUAAAUAUCUCUAUGCUUUUGAAAGUGGAGACUAUGUUUAUUUUUUAACAGUACAACAUGAAUCUUUGAGCUCACAGGCAUUUCACAGCAAAAUUAUUCGAUUAAGGAGAUCUGAUCCAUAUUUACAUUCUUACAUGGAAAUGCCAAUGGAAUGUAUUGUCAGUGAAAGGCGAAAAAAGAGAUCUUCAAGUAUUGAAGUCUUCAACAUCUUGCAGGCAGCAUUUGUAACUAAACCAGGUGCAGAUUUUGCUGAUCAGUUAGGAGUUUCUGUGGAAGAUGAUGUACUUUUUGCAGUUUUUGCACAAACUAAACCUGAGUUUUCUAAAACUGCCAAUAAAUCAGCUGUCUGUGCAUUUUCUGUGAAAUACAUCAAUGAAUUAUUUCAGAAUUUCAUUGACAAGUGUUGUACAGGAGGUCUUUCAAAAGGUCUUCACCAUUUUUACAGCGGUGCUGACAGAUACUGUGUCAAGAAGAGUUCCUCAGCCAAAGAGAUGCACUGUGGUGGAGCAAGUGAUCAAAUCCAGAUGGAGAGUACAAUCCCUGUACAACGUCUGGACCUGUUUCUUGGGCAAUUCCGAAAUGUCUUGUUGACUUCAAUCGCAGUAUUCACCCAAGGAAAAGUAACCAUUGCAAACCUAGGAACUAUUGAUGGCCAUAUUAUGCAGGUGGUGAUUUCCCGCAUUGAACGACUGACACCCCACGUAAGUUUCCAGUUGGAUUCCAGUUCAGUAUCUCCUGAAGUAAUAGUUGAACAGUCUGAAUCUGAAGAAGGCUUCAUUGUUGUCAUCACGGGAAAGAAAAUAAGCAGAAUACCUUUAACAGGCCCAGGAUGUGACCAUUUCCUGUCAUGCAGUAAGUGUUUAACAGCACCUUACUUCAUGCAGUGUGGCUGGUGCGAUGGUAGGUGUUCCAGAAUACAGGAAUGUACAAAUCAGACAUGGGCCCAGAAUAUUUGCCCUCCUGUUAUCAGUAAGAUCUCCCCAUUAAGUGCACCUUCUGAGGGUGGAACAAGAUUAUCCAUUUGUGGAAAAGAUUUUGGAGCAAUGAAAACUGGAAAAGUAAAUGCUAAAAUGAUUGCCAUAGAAGUCGGCAACGCAUCCUGCAAAUUGGAGGUUAAAAAGAGCAACAAGAACAGACUUCUCUGUAUAUUGGAAGCUGUUAAUGCCACACAAGAUUACAACCCUGUCUCUGUUAAUUUAACUUUGAACAAGAGUUUGACAGCACUUAUGCAUGGCUUUCAUAUUGUGAAUCCAGCUGUUACACACAUCUCCCCAACACAUGGUCCCAAAUCAGGAGGAUCCACACUUACUCUUACAGGAAAGUACUUGAACUGUGGAAGUAGAAGGGAAGUUUUAAUUGGAGAGAAACUGUGUGAACUUAAAAGCAUCUCUGAAACGAGGAUUGAGUGUACUACUCCUGCCCACACAACCACGCUGACACACUCUGUGGUUUUAAAAAUAGACUUGGCUACCCGAGAGGUCAAAAAUAGUUUCAUGUAUGUGGAGAAUCCAUCUAUCCGCAAUAUUUAUCCAGUUUGGUCAUUUAGCAGUGGAGGCAGCACAGUUACGGUAAAAGGAGCUAACUUGAAUUUUGUACAAUCCCCACUGAUGGUAAUCAGCGUACAGCAAAUACCAAAGACUUUUCGUGUGAUGUGUAGAUACAUGGACGACUUGGAGGUGAUCUAUUGUAAAACUCCUGCUCUAGAUCCAUUUAAACUGACCCAACCAGCACAAGGCAAAGCUGCCUUCAUCUUUGAUAAUGUCACUGUAGGAUCUUUUGAUUUUGGCUAUACCGAAGAUCCUUUGCUUAAGACAUUUGAAAUCCCUAAGGAAAUCAGAAAGGGUGGCAGUAAUGCUCUUGAGAUUAAAUUUCAAGGAGCACCGAUUAAGCCUGAAGCUGUUGAUGGUAAAAUUCUAACAAUUGGGAAUGAGAGCUGUGACCAUAUCCACCUGAAACCAAAUACCUUAAUAUGCAUCAUCCCUCCAAAUCUUUUGUCUUCAAGGAGAGAACUGAAUGUAGAGUGGAAAAAAGCCAAUUCCUCAAUUCAUCUGGGAAAAGUAAUCAUCCUUGAAAAUAACAGCCUUAUUACACUUGUUGGUGUCGUCGUGGUGAUAUUGCUGUUUCUUGUGGCACUUGGAGCAUUCAUAUGGAGAUACAGAAAAAGACAGAUGAAAGAUGUAAACCCAGAUGUUGUGAGCUAUGAUGGAAGAACGCAUACUCUACACCUAGAUAGGCUUGUGAGUACAAGAGUACGCAACAGUAUAACAACAGAAAUGAUCUCGCAUGACUCCUCUGACUAUCGAACAACUCUUCAUGAAGAUCAGUUUCAGAAUUUGGCACAAACAGCAUCACACCGACAAGCCCAGUUUUCUCAUUCAGAUCUUACUUGCAUAGCAUCAAGUGGAGACUCGGAGUCAACCGUACCACUGCUUCAGAACAACAUGAACAUCAACUUCUGCAGCUUAGACUCUGAACUAUUGAAAGAAGUGCAGCACAUGAUUAUUAGCACUGAUCGGCUCAUAACGCACACCACACAGGUGAUUGGAAGAGGCCAUUUUGGCUGUGUAUUCCAUGGAACACUCCAGUCUCAAGAUGGAAAUAGUAUACAUUGUGCAGUGAAGUCUCUAAAUAGAAUCACUUGCUUGGAACAAGUAGCUCAGUUCCUGAAGGAAGGAUUAAUAAUGAAAGAUUUCAAACACAUCAACGUUCUUUCUCUGCUUGGAAUCUGUCUUCCAAACCAAGGAUCUCCACUGGUAGUGCUGCCAUAUAUGAAACACGGUGACCUACGGAACUUCAUCAGAGAUGAAAGUCACAAUCCAACAGUAAAGGAUCUAAUUAGUUUUGGACUUCAUGUUGCAAAAGGGAUGGAAUACCUUGCAAGUAAAAAGUUUGUUCAUCGAGAUCUUGCAGCGAGAAACUGCAUGUUGGAUGAAACCUAUACUGUGAAAGUUGCUGAUUUUGGGCUUGCAAGAGAUAUUUAUGAGAAAGAGUACUACAGCAUUAAUAAUAAAAGUGGUGCCAAACUGCCAGUCAAAUGGAUGGCCCUGGAAAGUCUACAGACACAAAAAUUCACCACAAAGUCUGAUGUGUGGUCUUUUGGAGUACUUUUGUGGGAGCUGAUGACACGAGGGGCACCGCCUUAUCCUGAUGUUGAUACAUUCGAUGUUACGGUUUAUCUGCUACAAGGGAGGAGAUUACUGCAGCCUGAAUAUUGUCCUGAUUCAUUAUAUGAGGUAAUGCUAAAAUGUUGGCACCCUAAACUUGAAACACGACCAACAUUCUCUGAAGUGGUUUCAAAAAUAUCAACCAUUCUUUCCAAUUUUACUGGGGAUCACUACAUACAGUUAAAUACAACCUACGUGAACAUAAACUGUGGAGCACCCUAUCCGCCUGUUUAUCCAUCAGAAGAUUAUUUGGAUAGUGAUGCUCAUGUGUGAUUGAAGGCAAUUUUUUCAAAGGAUAUUUUAUCAGCAGGUGAUGCAGAAAAUCUGUCCUGGCGGCUACAGGAAGCAAGCCUUAUAUGAGAUGUGCUGUUUGUUUCAACAGUAUCAAAUGUGUGAAUCUUAAACUACUUCAAAGAGAAAUUAAUCACAUUUGAAGGCUGUAGCUGUUCAUCGUCAUUGGGAAACCCAUUAGUAGUCUCCAUGUAAAAUGUUGUGAUGUUGACUGUGAGUAAAAUGACUGACAAAUUUAAAAGCAGAAUUACUUCUGUCUUGUAAAAUUAAUAAACAUCUAUUUUUUUAUUAAGAAUAAGUUUAUUUUUAAUUAAUUAGUAACUGUCAACAGCAACAUUAAAAUUUAACCAUUUUAUUAUUGCACAUCAAAAAUCUUUUAUUAUCAAACGUUUUUUUUUUCUUAUUUUCCCAUAUCAUCUGCAGCAUAGUUAUACUUGUAGAUAACAUUUUUUUAGUCUUACAAACAUUGCAAUGUCUUGAAUGGUAUCUAGUAAUAGUGAGAUGUAGAAAUGAUUGCAGUGGUAGAUAUAACUGACUGUAUCAGAAAAGAAUGAUGUAGAUAUUAAAUUAUUAAAAUCAAAUUGUGGAAUAGUAAAUAUUCGACGGCCACUUUUAACUUUGAUCAUCCAGUGAUAAAAGUUAAAACUAGCCCUAAAAAUUUGCAUUAAAAUAAGGUUUUAUUACUGAAAGUGUGCAUAUAACUGAAAAAAA